AUGCCGUCUGCCAUUCGUACAUGCAGGGGUAACACGUCCCGCCACUGUGUGACAGUGGAGGCUACUAUGGGCCAGUCCCACCCUCUGCUGUGUCUGGCCGCCCUGCUAGUUGCCACAGCGCUGCCCUCUUCUAGUGGUAAGCCCCUGCAGCCCCUCACCCUGAUCAAGAAGUCCGCCGCCGCAGUCUCCGCCGACUACCCUGACUACCAGGUCGGCGUCAAGUACGACGAGUAUCCUGUGGUAGUACCAAAGAGAGCUGCUGUGCUGCUAGACAGGAUCAUGGUGGCACUGCAGAAGGCUGUGGACGAGGACACUCUAGGACCUAGGAAGAUGGACUUGGAGAGAAGAGGAAGAAAGGAAGGAGGAAGAGUAUACUGGAGGUGUUACUUCAAUGCAGUUUCCUGCUUCUAGACAACUCAUCAUCCAUCAAACAUCCACAACCUAAAGAUAUUCUGUAAAACAUUUCUUCUUCCUUAAAUUUUGUUGCUGCCAAUAUAAUCAUUCAAAAAGUUGUAGGGGUCACUAUAUAAUUAUAUUUUUGACACUAAACAUUAUAUUCAUGUCUAACUACUUAGUUGUACGUAUUACCUAAUGACAUGGUGUUCCAAAUAUUUUAACUGUAGGUGUCAGUAGAUUGUAUUAAAUUGUCUAUGAUUAUAUAUUUGAAUAAAUAUAUUGUCUGUU